UGAUAUUAGUGGAUGCACUUAGUGUCGCAUCGCAAGUUGGUAUCGCGCUAAGGUUCAUUGUGACACACGUGUUGUCUGUACUCACGCAUAUCAAAAUGGCAGAAAGCGAUAAAAGUAAGAAGAAAAGCAAGAAAAAGUCUCUUGGGGAAAUCCAGGCAACAAUGAAGUGUCAACUUGAACCUUCGGAUGAGGUUGUAAAACUGGAAUACAAAGAUUGGCCUCUCUUAUUUAAGCAUUUUGAUAAAAUGCUUACUCGUACAAAGCAUUUUACUCCUUUAACUAGUGGCUCGACACCAUUACAUCGCACUUUAUCUGAAUACAUAAAAUCUGGUUGCAUUAAUUUAGACAAACCAUGUAAUCCAUCAUCACACGAAGUUGUUGCAUGGAUAAAAAGAAUUUUAAAAGUGGAGAAAACUGGUCAUUCGGGCACACUAGAUCCUAAAGUAUCUGGGUGUUUGAUAGUAUGUAUUGACAAAGCAACUAGAUUAGCUAAAUCACAACAAUCUGCUGGGAAAGAAUAUAUUGCAGUUUUUAAAUUACAUUCUGCUCCAGAAAGUCUUCAAAAGGUUAGUCAGGCAUUAGAAAAAUUACGUGGCGCACUUUUUCAACGACCUCCACUUAUAUCUGCAGUGAAGCGUCAGCUUCGCGUUAGAACAGUUUAUGACAGUUGGUUCCUGGAUUAUGAUCAAGAACGUAAUAUGGGAGUGUUCAAAGUUAGUUGUGAGGCUGGCUCGUAUAUUAGAACUAUUUGUGUUCACCUUGGCCUCUUCUUAGGCACUGGUUGUCAAAUGCAAGAAUUACGUAGAAAUCGUUCAGGCGUUCAAUCUGAAAAUGAUGGAAUGGUUACUAUGCAUGAUAUACUUGAUGCUCAAUGGUUAUAUGAAAAUCAUGGAGAUGAAUCAUAUUUAAGAAGAGUAAUCAAACCAUUAGAAGCUCUUUUAGUAAAUCAUAAGAGGAUUAUCGUAAAAGAUAGUGCAGUAAAUGCUAUCUGUUAUGGAGCUAAAAUUAUGCUGCCAGGAAUUUUAAUGUAUGAUGAUGGUAUAGAAUUAAAUCAAGAAAUUGUAAUAGUAACUACAAAAGGUGAAGCUAUAGCACUUGCUAUAGCUUUAAUGACAUCUCCUACAAUGACAGCUUGUGAUCACGGUGUAGCUGCUAAAAUUAAAAGAGUAAUCAUGGAAAGAGACGCAUACCCAAGAAAAUGGGGUCUAGGACCAAAAGCUUCCGUAAAAAAACGCAUGAUAAUUGAAGGAAAGUUAGAUAAAUAUGGUAAACCAAAUGAGAACACACCUGCAGAUUGGUUAACAAAUUAUAAAGACUAUUGUAAACCUGUAAUUAAGACUGAGGAAAAUGGUGUUUCUACCGAUUCUGUGGCUAAGAAACGAAAGUGGGAAGAAACACAAUCUACAACCGAAGUUUCAAUAAAAGAAGAAGUGAUUGAGGGUUCAGAAUUAACGUCGCCAAAAGAGAAAAAGAAAGAUAGAAAGGAAAAGAAAAAGAAAAAGAAGAAAGAAAAAACAGAAUCUGAAGCUGAUGAAUCUAUGGUAAUAGAAAGUGCAACUGAGGAUACAACAGCUAAAGAAGAAAAAAAGAAGAAGAAAAAGAAGAAAGAUAAGACUCAAGAUCAAGAAGUAACACUUUCAAGUUGAAAUAAUUUUUUAAAUAUGUAUUCGUUAAAAGAUAAGUAUCACAAUUUUUUAUAAGUGUAAGAAAAACA